AUGAGAUUUACCUUGCUCACCAUCAGCAGCUUGGUCGGAAGCGUCGCUGCUCGCCAGCCUUAUCACUGGCUCGACAUCGUCGGGCAGUUUUCGAAGGACAUUUUGUACCCCGCCAAUGCUGCUAUCGCUGCUAGCGGAACAUACUCCACUUUUCAGCCAGACAUUAAAGGCCGCAUCGACAUCUCGACCGCACUCGAGGGAGAUGAGCUCAACGUCGAGUACGUCUUUGGCUUGUUUGCUCAAUCCAACGCGUCUUCUGCUCAGCUCGAACCGACCUCCCUGAUCCCUACGCCGGUCGCAGGCAGACUACAGUCUCUCGCUAUCCAGGACAAUGUCGUCUCCUUAUCCAACAUCGUGUCUUUCACAUUCUUCAAGCAGAACUUGUCCAUACCGCUCCAACUCGAUGCGUGGUUCGUCUUUGAUCGCAAGAGUGGCCAGAUGUCGCAGUACGACGUGACCUUUAGGCGGUGGGCAUGGUUCUGGCAAGAAGUAAUGUCGCUGCUCAUGCCGGAUCUCGAAAAGGAGAAUGAGGUGACACCUGGGCGCCUGACUCAAGAAGAACUCUUGACGCUCCAUGCGGCCCGGCGAAUCUGUUCUCUGCACGACACUUUUUGCUCUGAUGCCACUCUCAAACAGUACAACUCGACCUCGCAGUGCCUCGACUUCCUCACUGGGAACCGCACGUUCGGUGCCGCGUGGGCGCUCGGGCAGGACACGACGGGAUGCAGAUACAUGCAUACCACUCUGCUUAAAAAUCGACCGGCCGAGCACUGCCCAAAUAUCGGUCCUUCUGGUGGCAAGAUGUGCGUUGUACGGAACUACACUCAGGUCGUCACCAAGCAGAUGUAUGAGCAUACUUUUAUCGCUCCCGCCUCCAACUCCCCGGAAAGCCUCGAGGGCAUCUCGGCGUCUAGCGAGACCGAGCUGCUCAAAGUGGGCAUGCUACUGGUCGGACCGUUCGCUGUAGGAUGGUUCCCUAGCAUCGCUAUACUCUACUUCUUCUUGUUGUGGCUGUCUGCGAUCGUGACGCGAGCGAUCCUUCUACGGACGAGCAAGGCCUUUGUUCGGCUUUCCUGGUCUCAACAGCGCACCUGCGUCGUAUACGUCCUCUCUACCGUCUACACCUCGGUCGCGCUCGGUCUCCAGCUGGCGGCCUUUCCCACCGCCUGGUACUCUUACAGCGUAUCAUCUGUGGGCUGUAUCCGCCUUGCUGGGGUGGUCAUUACCGGCCUAUAUAUAUUCGAGAUGAUUCAUCGUGAAGCCAUCCGCCUCCCCUUACUCAUCCACCACCUCCUUACGAUCUUUGCGAUCGUCUGGGUCGUCUUCUGCCUGGAUCAAGUGCAACAUCCGAGCUUGAUCACCACGGCCGAAGUCUGGCUAUUCCAGGCCACACUCGAGCAGGUCGUCUUCCUUGGCUUGCUAUCUUAUCGACUAGGAUGGCCAACUAGAUUCACCAAGUCCUGCCUCGGACCGGGCGCGAUGGUCUCUUUUGUGCUCAAAGUAGGCGCUGCGAUCUGGCUGCUUGUCAUCUGGGGAACCAAACAGCGAACAUACCGCGAGCCCACGGACAUCGCCUUCAGCGUCAUACUCUGGUUCACGAUCCCAUGCCUCCUCGCGGCCCAAGCCUGGGGCGCGUGGGUCUGCUGCCAGAUCGCAUGGUCGGUCGACAAGAAGAAGAGGGGAGGGGCCUCAUCCAAGCGCCGUGCGGCGGAGAACCGCUCAGAUGACUCCCUUGAGUCUCAGCCGCACACGGCGAGCGGCACCCGCGAGCAGGUCGCUCUGGCUCAGAUCCCGAUGCCGGAAGGAGCGGGCUCGUUCCGUCUGAACGUCGAGAGCUUCGACACUGGUCGUUGA